AUGUUUGUGGAUCAAGGCAGAGAGAAUAAUAGAGAGGACGAGAGCUUUGAGAACGAUGAUGGGAUCACUGGCACAGAUACCAAUGGUAAUGGGAUAAAUGACACAGAUACCAAUGGUAAUGGGAUAAAUGACACAGAUACCAAUGGUAAUGGGAUAAAUGGCACAGCUACUGAUGGUAAUGGAAUCAAUGGCACAGAUACUGAUGGUAAUGGGAGCAAUGACACAGAUACCGAUGGUAAUGGGAUCAAUGACACAGAGACCAAUGAUAAUGGGAAAAGGUGGGAAAUGGAUCAAGGACAUGAAAAAUUAUGGGAUAAACAGUAG